AUGCUGAAGUUAUUCUUCUUAAUCGCUACAUUGGCGACCUUGGCUCAAUCUCAGAUUGCGGUCGAAUGGGUGUGCCAUGAGCCCAAAAUAAUGGGAAACUGCACUAGAGUACCCAGGAUUACAGACUUGCUCCAAAUAUUUUCGCAAAGCAGCGACGAUGGCGAGUAUGGCGAUUUACACUAUUGCCCACACUACAUCGUGGAACGUCACACCAACUGUAUGCGGACGUACUAUAAUAGUUGUUACCGGUAUAUGUCCGAAUUCGUGCGAGACGUCUUCUUGGGUUAUUUACCACGGACCGAGAGCGCAAAAAUCCUGUGCAACAAUAACCGGCCAUACAAGAAAGAAUUUAGAGAACACAUGGCUUGCACUAGAGCAAUGUUGAGUGCCGACGAUGACUUCGAAGAAUAUAUGAUAGAAUCCGAGAUGCAGUACGGGCAACUGAUAGAAGACAUGGAUACCAAUGACAAGUGCGAUGUUGUCAACUGUUUUUGGAGUGGGUUGAUCACAAAAAUUCGUAAACAAUGCGGAUCGAAGACCGAAAAGUUCUCUCGCCAAGUCCUCAGCAACCUGUGGCCCGUAUCAAUGUUGUCGGUGGAUGUAAAUAUACACGAAUGUAAACAUUUUGAGAGCCGCUGUACAACAUAA